GUGACUGUGUAGUGCAGACAAAUAAUUCAUGUGAAUCAAGUUAAUUUUAUACUUUCCAUCGAAUGUAAAAAAAUCCGAUGAAAAAUGAUUUCUCAUGUGUUGGUAGUCAUCGUAGUGGCUAAUGCAGCGCAAUUAAAUGCACAGCUGCAAACAGAUGCCGUAAUGUUUCGUGAGGGAGGAGACAACUGCCGGACUCCUGAGGGAAGAACAGGGACAUGUAUAAAAAUUAGUCAUUGUGGAGAGCUGGCAGGUAUCCUGAGACAAACUGGACCUCCAACAAAUGAGGAUUUGGACAGAUUGAAGAGAGCCAAUUGUGGGUAUGAACGUCUGGAGGCGAAAGUGUGCUGUUCCAGUGAUGUGACAUUGGACAUUCCAUCCGCCACAACUCCAAUUUCCACCCAAACUGUGCAGUCUCCUCCAGAAGUCACAGCUCAUCCGAAUCUUAGACUCCUCGAUCACAAUGUCUGUGGUCCAGUGACAGAGCAAAGAAUAAUAGGAGGUAACAAAACAGGGGUGUUCGAUUAUCCCUGGAUGGCCCUAAUCGCUUAUCAAAUCAACAACAAACAAAUAGAAUUCCGAUGUGGUGGAUCUGUGAUUAAUAGUCGUUACAUUUUGACUGCUGCUCACUGUGUUACUCAACUUCCAUCAGCUUUAACUGUAUUUGGAGUACGAGUUGGAGAACACGAUUUACGAACCGAAAGAGACUGCAACAAAGACGCGGAUGGUCUAGAAAGUGACUGUGCAGAACGUUAUCAAGAUUUUGGAAUCGAAGAGAUCCAUUUCCAUUCGGGAUUUACGAAAUCAGUUCUGCAGGAUGACAUAGGACUGAUAAGAGUAAAUUCAAUGAUAGACUUUCGUCCGGUUAAUGCAAGACCAAUAUGUCUUCCCAUUGGUGAUGCAGCUACCCAUCAUCAGAAAAAAGUCACUGUGACGGGAUGGGGAGCAACUGAAAAUGGGCCCAGGAGUCAAGAUCUUCUCCAGGUGAAGCUCACUCUAGUCUCUAACGAGGAAUGUGCAAAGGCAUACAAGAAAAACACAGUGAUAUCGUACAAACAAUUGUGUGCUGGAGGCACUGAUCACAAGGAUUCAUGCCUCGGGGAUAGUGGAGGACCUCUCCAAGCACUUUCCAUUUACAAUAAGAUGAACGUAAGAUUUGUACAGUAUGGAAUUGUCAGCUUUGGAACUAAGAACUGUGGAAUCGAGGGAUAUCCUGGAGUAUAUACUAGACUAGUCUAUUACAUUGACUGGAUUCUUGAUCGUUUAAGGAAGUGAAUAAUGCUGUUCACACGGAUUCAAAAGGUUCAAUAAAAAUGACGUGAAGUUCCAUAUUUUUUAUUUUUUUAUUAUUUAACGCAAUUCAUUGCAAGUUCUUUGCAAGAACUUGCAGCUGGCCAUCGCCCGAGGCCCUUCAGCCAAGUAUUUACAAAUAUUUACAUUUUCUUGUAUAGCAAUUUUUGUAACAAAAAGUGAAGUUUCAUAAUUCGUAAGUUGAAAGAAAAUUAUGGUUGAUCCGGUAAAAAGGAAUAGUUACGUUAUUUCAGUUGUAAAGUGGUAAAACGAGAUGAGUCAGUUUUAACUGUGGACCAGUUUCAGAUGAAUAUCUCGAAAUCUAGGGGAAAUAGAUUUGUGUACCACAGUAGAUGUUAUAAACAAAAUGCCGCUAUCUUUCUCGGAUUCAAAGCUAUCGAUUAAAAAUUUAACUUAAAGAUGGGUCAACUCAUCUCAUUCUACCACUUCGUUACUGAUUUCUAUAGAACGUUCGCUACUUUUAAUUAGACUUUCCGUAAUUUUGAUCGAAACCUCGUUGUCGUUGGUUAAUUACUGAACCUUGCCAUAAUUUUUAUUGAACUAUUUCUCUCCGUGUAAGGGAUCGAUUGGUAUUAGUGAAGUGGGAUGAUCGAUUUGAUGAAGUGACGCGAUAAAUUGACUUAUAAUUUUAAAUAACCAUUUGCUUGAAUUAAUUUAUUCUAAUCUGCUGAAGACCUUCAUUUGGUGCUGUGAAGGUCGAGAGAAGUUUUCAUCCUUCAACUCAAUGUAAAAAUAGAUUAAUAUAAGUGUCACAGUUUUAUGAUAAGAAUUAACCACAAUUGCGAGACUUAUCGCCCGCGGUGCGAAAGGCUCAAUGUUGAAGAAACUCGCCGGACAUUCAACAAUUCAGUGAGAUAUAUUAAAUAAAUACUCGCUGUUUAAUAUCGAUAAUUUUCCAGGUGUAUUCACCAGUAACCUUAAGGGGGGAGCCUGCUUUAGAGGCUUCAAAAAAUCGAUUUUUUUUUUGCGUGAAUCACUUCCUAAACUAUCCAAGAAUAUGUCUCCAAAAUUCAGAACAAAAUUCGGAUUAUUUCGGGAGAUACAGACGAAAUAGUGAGCAAGCGUUAAGCAGGUAUAUGAGCAUCACGAAAACUUUGACACGCGAUUCCUCGGAUUUCCAUUUUUAUGAUUUUUUCAAAUUGUUGGACAAGAUAGGAAAAAAAGUAAACGUCCUAUCGAAACGAAUCAAAAUGCGUUGAAUUUGGAAUUAAAUUCUCUUCCAGGUAAACCUAACAUAUCUUAAGAAAGUUUACAUUAAUCCGGUUUUUAAACGAUUUAAAGUAAAUUUUUUUUUUCUAAAAAUGCCUUUUUUUUCAAUCUGCGAAAAAUUGUUGAAUUUUUCACUUUUUGUUGAAUUUUCGUGGUUAACCUGGGAAUUACACUAUUGAAAAUUAAAAAUUUCUUUUGUUUUUUUGUUUCACAUGAAAAUUGCGACCUGCAUCUUAUCCGACACACAGAAAUUGCACACUCGAGGCGCCUCCGUAAAUUUCUUCACACAUGAAGAAUAUCCAAUGUAUAAUAAUAAAAAAAUUUGAGAAGACUCUUCAAAUAUAUAAGAAUAAAUCCUAAGAGUUUGAUUUCAAUCAGACAUUUCUUUCCUUUCCAAAAAAAUCCUUGAAAAUAUAGAUUUUUUGAAGCCUCUAAAGCAGGCUCCCCCCUUAAGGUCCUUGGAAAGCGAACUUUUUUCAUACAACACAAAUCCAAGAGAAAAAUGAUACAGAUUUAUGUAUUUUUAGGUACAAAGAUAAUAAUGAUGAAUAAUAAUGAAAUAAUGAUUUCACUUGAA